AUGGGUUCCUGUUUUGAGAAAUGUUUGAACAAGAAGCGUACCUAUAACGUUCGCGGCCAAGAAGAACAGAAUGCGGAAGUUGACAAACCGGAAGAAGAAAGUCAGCGAGGAUAUUGGAGUCAUAAAAUGGACUUCAUUUUGUCAACUAUUGGAUUCGCUGUUGGUCUGGGCAAUGUGUGGAGGUUUCCCUAUCUCUGUUAUAAAAAUGGUGGUGGUGCUUUCCUGAUCCCGUAUAUUAUUAUGCUGGUGUUAGCGGGUAUUCCUCUAUUCUAUCUUGAACUUGCAUUUGGUCAAUUCGCCAGUCUAGGGUGUCUGACAGUAUGGAAAAUAUGUCCACUCUUCAAAGGUCUUGGUUACGGCAUGGUAAUUGUAACGGCACUGGUAACUAUUUAUUACAACGUAGUGAUAUGUUACACCGUCUUCUACGCAUUUGCAUCCUUGACCUCUGAACUCCCAUGGGUUGGCUGUUACCAUGGGUGGAACACUCUUAAUUGUUAUGACGGUGGCUCCAUCUCAAACUAUUCUGGGACUAAACCAGUUUGGUCGAGUGAGGAAUACUAUACGCGAUUCGUACUCGAUAUGAGCGAUAAUAUGAACAACAUUGGUAAAAUACGAUGGGAGCUGGCCUUGUCAUUGUUGUUUUGUUGGAUAAUUGUUUAUUUAUGCAUCAUCAAAGGAGUCAAGAGCUCUGGAAAGGUCGUAUAUUUUACAGCAACGUUUCCGUACGUUAUUCUUACUAUAUUGUUGAUACGUGGCGUCACGUUACCUGGAGCCGCCGAUGGGAUCAAGUUCUAUUUAACACCUAGAUGGGAGUUACUGCUAGAGCCCACGGUAUGGAAAGACGCAGCCACUCAAAUAUUCUAUUCACUUGGGGUUGCUUUCGGCGCCAUUAUCACAUUCUCCAGUUAUAAUAAGUUUAAUAACAACGCGUGCAGGGACGCGCUCAUUGUAUCCUUGGUGAACUGUGGCACUAGUUUGUACGCUGGAUUUGUUAUAUUUUCUACACUGGGGUUCAUGGCUCAUGGUAGCGACAUUCCAGUCAGCGAAGUCGUCGACGAAGGCCCUGGGUUGGCAUUCGUCGUUUAUCCUGAAGCUAUCAGUCGUUUACCGGGGGCGCCCUUCUGGUCAUUCAUAUUCUUUUUCAUGUUGUUCACACUAGGACUUGACAGCCAGUUUGCAAUGAUGGAAACCGUCAUAACGGCAGUAUUUGAUGAACUACCGAACAAGAUUUCAUCAAAGAAACCACUAAUCACUGGUGCAAUAUGUUUUAUUUUCUUUCUUUUGGGGCUUCCAUGCACUACGAGGGGUGGUAUUUACGUACUUACAUUAAUGGAUUGGUAUUCAGCUGGGUUCUCGCUUUUCUUUAUAGCUACUAUGAUGUGUGUUGUAAUAAGUUACAUUUACGGAAUCCGACAAUUUGGUAACGAUAUCUCCUCCAUGAUGCCGGGUAUAUUACCAAAUUCUGUUUGGUGGAAGGCAUGCUGGAUGGUUAUUUCACCCUUAAUAAUGAUAGCUGUGAUGAUAUUUAGUUUCGUCAAAUACACCCCCGCAUCAUACAGUGGGUAUGUUUUUCCGCCAUGGGCUGAAGCUGUUGGUUGGUUGGUGGCAAUGUCGUCAAUACUUGUUAUACCUGGGUAUAUGAUUAUACCCAUUAUGCGAGGACAUGGCAAUAUACUACAGCGUUUACAACAAUCAUUACAACCAUCGUGGGACUGGGGACCAGCUUUGAACAGCAACAGGGUUCUAGCUGGCUACAAGGCUUUACCAGGAAGUAUUCCGGAAAUCAAUGUCAAGACAGUUCCAAAUGCGUACCAGACACCACCAUUACCACGUGAAAAACGAGAGCACGAAAAUUACCCGGAGACAGACUAUGAAAUGACUCAGGAUAUUUAGAUUUUCAAACCAUCUGUGACAAAUUAAAUUCAUAGCUCAACACUGAUACACGACUGUUCAACUAGAUGGAUGAGGAGGCAAACUGUUGAUUAUUAAACAGAUAUUCAACUUUUUUACUGUACUUUCUUACAUUCAAGUAACAAUUUGAUUGCUGCAGCAAAUUUAGGAAAGUAUUAUUUGAUAUGGAAAUUUAUAAAAUAU